AUGGACAAAACAGGUGGUUUCCAGGAACCCCGCUACCUCGACUUCGUGCGCUCGUCGGAGCCCACCGGCGUCGAUGGCAAACCCAUGCUCAACCGCUACUCAACCCAUCUGACUCGCCAGCAUGACUUCCCCGGCGCACAGGCGAUGCUCUUCGCCGCGGGUGUGCCAGACAGGCAGGCCAUGCAGACGGCUCCCCAUGUCGGCAUCGCCAGUGUCUGGUGGGAAGGCAAUCCCUGCAACAUGCACCUCCUGGACCUGGGCAAGGAGGUCAAGAAGGCCGUCAAUGCACGUGGGAUGCUAGGCUGGCAGUACAACACCAUCGGUGUAAGUGAUGCCAUCACCAUGGGCAACCAAGGGAUGCGAUUCAGCUUGCAGACGCGUGAGAUCAUUGCGGAUUCCGUCGAGACGGUGACAUGUGCCCAGGCCCACGACGCGAAUAUCACCAUCCCCGGCUGCGACAAGAACAUGCCGGGUUGUAUCAUGGGGAUGACGAGGCACAACAGACCGAGUUUGAUGAUCUAUGGAGGGACCAUCGACAAGGGAUACUCCGAGACGCUGCGCCGGCCGGUUAACAUAGCCACCUGCUACGAAGCCUUUGGUGCGUAUACGUUCAACACUCUACGUCAACCGGACGAUGGGGGAGACACGUCCAAGACCAAAGACGAGAUCAUGGAGGAUCUCGAAAGACAUGCCUGUCCCGGAGCCGGAGCCUGUGGCGGCAUGUAUACGGCCAACACGAUGGCCACGGCGAUCGAGUCCAUGGGUUUGACAUUACCGGGAUCAAGCUCCACGCCAGCGAGCUCGCCAGCCAAGAUGCGCGAGUGCGCCAGAGCUGCAGAUGCCAUCAAAGUAUGUUUGGAACAGGACAUUACGCCCAAGAAACUCUUGACACCUAAAUCCUUCGAGAACGCCCUCGUCAUAACCAUGGCCCUCGGAGGCAGUACCAAUGCCGUCCUCCACCUGCUCGCUAUGGCUGUCACUGCAGGUGUAGAGCUCACCCUCGAUGACUUCCAACGCGUGAGCAAUAAGAUCCCUUUUCUCGCCGAUCUGGCGCCGUCAGGAAAGUUUUCCAUGGCCGAUCUGUACGAGAUCGGAGGUGUACCCAGUGUCCAGAAACUUCUGAUCGCAGCUGGCCUUCUCGACGGCUCCAUCCUCACGGUGACCGGCAAGACAUUAGCUGAAAAUGUAGCGAGCUGGCCCAGUUUGCCCAGCGAUCAAGUCAUCAUCAAGAGCCUCGAUAGCCCGAUCAAGGAGAGCGGGCACAUCCAGAUUUUGAGGGGCAACUUUGCACCUGCGGGAGCGGUGGCCAAGAUCACUGGAAAAGAAGGCCUUCGGUUCACAGGCAAGGCAAGGUGUUUUGAGAAGGAGGUCGAACUGAACGAAGCGUUGAACAGAGGUGCCAUCCCACGGGGAGAGAAUCUUGUCCUGAUAGUAAGAUACGAAGGACCUAAGGGUGGACCCGGCAUGCCGGAGCAGCUCAAGGCCAGUGCCGCCAUCAUGGGAGCCGGACUCACCAACGUCGCUCUUGUGACGGACGGACGGUACUCGGGUGCGUCACACGGAUUCAUCGUGGGCCAUGUCUGCCCCGAGGCGGCGGUUGGUGGCCCGAUUGCGUUGGUCAAGGAUGGUGAUGAGGUGACGAUCGAUGCCGAGUCGAACACCAUCUCGAUGAAUGUCAGUGACGAGGAGCUGGACCGGCGCCGGAAGGAGUGGAAACCACCGAGGCCGGCGGUGACGAGAGGUACCCUGGCCAAAUAUGCCGCACUGGUCAGCGAUGCCAGUCACGGGGCUGUGACGGAUCUGUUCUGA